GCCCCCGGUCCCGGCCCCGGUCCGCCCCGUCCGGUGGGGCGACUAGCCGCAUGGAGGCCGGUUGAGGAGCGCCGCCCCGCCUCGGCUUCACUCAUCGGUGCCAGGAGCCGCCACCCAGCCAUGGAGGGGGAGGAGGAGCAGGGCCAGCCACCUCAGGAGGCCGACAUGGAACCUGUUGUGGGGGCUUCAGAGGUGGUGCCCAGGGUGCUUUCUGGAGAAUCCCAGAACCUGUCCGACGCGGACGCGCUGACCCUGCUCCUGGAGAUGAAGCUGAGGAGACGGCGAGAGCGGCCCAGUCUGCCGCGCACAGUGACCGAGCUGGUGGCUGAGGAUGGGAGCAGGGUGUAUGUGGUGGGCACCGCCCACUUCAGUGACGACAGCAAGAAGGACGUGGUGAAGACCAUCCGGGAGGUGCAGCCCGACGUGGUGGUGGUGGAGCUCUGCCAAUACCGUGUGUCCAUGCUGAAGAUGGACGAGAGCACGCUGCUCCAGGAGGCCAAGGAGCUCAGCCUGGAGAAGCUGCAGCAAGCCGUGAGGCAGAACGGCGUCAUGUCCGGACUCAUGCAGAUGUUGCUGCUGAAAGUGUCGGCCCACAUCACCGAGCAGCUGGGCAUGGCUCCUGGUGGCGAGUUCAGGGAGGCCUUCAAGGAGGCCAGCAAGGUGCCUUUCUGCAAGUUCCACCUGGGCGACCGGCCCAUCCCCGUCACCUUCAAGAGGGCCAUCGCGGCGCUGUCCUUCUGGCAGAAAGUGAAGCUGGCCUGGGGCCUGUGUUUCCUGUCAGACCCCAUCAGCAAGGAUGACGUGGAGCGCUGCAAGCAGAAGGACCUGCUGGAGCAGAUGAUGGCAGAGAUGAUCGGCGAGUUUCCCGACCUGCACCGCACCAUCGUCUCAGAGCGUGACGUCUACCUGACCUACAUGCUGAGGCAGGCCGCCCGGCGCCUCGAGCUGCCGCGCUCCUCCGAUGCUGAGCCCAGGAAGUGCGUCCCCUCCGUCGUGGUGGGUGUCGUGGGCAUGGGCCACGUCCCGGGCAUCGAGAAGAACUGGACCACAGACCUCAACAUCCAGGAGAUCAUGACCGUGCCCCCGCCGUCCAUCUCCGGCAGAGUGUCCCGGCUGGCCGUGAAGGCUGCCUUCUUGGGCCUGCUGGGCUACGGCCUCUACUGGAUGGGACGCCGCGCCACCAGCCUGGUCCUGUCACUGCCUGUCACUCAGUACUGUCUGCAGAGGGCAUCCACGGCCCGGCCGCACAAAUAGGAAGGAUGAGCACCGCGGCGGCGGCUCCCGAGUUGCAGCAGCUGAGAGGCGCUGGGGCCGGCCCCCCCCCCACCCCGAGGAGCUCUGGGCGCCACCCCCCGUGGGGGUCCAGGCCCAGCCACGCCUGCCCUCCCCCAACCCGCCCAAAUAAAGAAUUAUUUAACUGCUCUGAGCUCAGGCUUCCCAGCAGCCCUGCCCCCACCCUGUCCCCAGCCCUGCAGGGACCACUCCUGGGGUUCACGGGGUUCACGGGCAUCAGGACGAGCUGGUGGGAGAGGGGCCGAGGUGGGCACGGCCAGCCCUCCCCUACCUCACUGUGCCUUGUCACGCGCGGGCGGCGGAGCCCCCGGCCCGGGAGCGACUCAACGGUGGGUUCUGGGCUGCGGGGUUCCCGCCGGCACGUUUGGGAGGGGCCGGAGCAGCCCUCGAGUGGCUCCGGGGAGCCCCCCUCCCGACGGGGCAGCUGGGCCGAGCUUGGUAGCCGCUUUCCUUGCAGAGGUGGUGUGGUUUUGGCUUUUAAAAAUGUCUGAAUUUUUUUUACUCAGGUAAUUUUAACUUAAGACAAACUGAAGCCAAUGUCAGGAAAUACUAGCCUUAAAUCUGAUUGGGACAAAGAGGGUGUGUUGUUGGUGGCGGGUGGGGGGCACUCAGCUCUGAGCCGGCGAGCCUGGGGGAAGGGUUGGCUUUAGCAGCGGGGCCCGGCCGGCCUCCGGACGCUGCCCCCCCGGCUGCCCCCUCGGGCAGCCCCUGGCUGGGGGAUGUCCAGGGCUGCAGCCCCCCCCUGGCCAGGGAGGAUCGCACCUGCUCCCCGUGCCGCACUCUCAGCGGACAGAGGGCGUGUGUCCGCCAAGGCCCCCCAGUUGGCACACGUGCCGGCGGGUGCCGGCCACCGUCCCACCGCCCCACACGGGGCGUCCACCCCGGGCGUCGCCCGUGUGUGUCGUCGCCACUCCUGGUCGUGUGUCUGUGACGCGGCAUCUGUGCGGCCCACCUGGGGCCCGGGGUCCUGCUCAGUUGUGCUUGUGCUGACUCAGUGUCUGACAAAGUCAGGGGAAACCCAGGGCCGUGAACUGGCCUGGGGCGUGUUGUUCCUGUCACGGAGGCGCGUGUACAUGUUGCU